AUGAGUCAAUUUAAUAUUUGUACAUAUAAUACCAGUAAUCAAACUGAUGAAAAUCUUAAGGAAGAAGGUAAUCGCUUGUUCAAAAUCAAACAAUAUGAAAAUGCAAUUCAGUGCUAUAGCAUAGCAAUUAUAAAAAACCCAGAGGUCCCUAAGUAUUUUACUAAUCGUGCUUUGUGCUACAUUAAAUUAAACCAAUGGGAUAAAGCAUAUACAGAUUGUUGUCAUGCAUUAGAAAUUGACCCAAGUAUUGAAAAAGCAUAUUUUUUUCAGGGAAUAGCACUAAUUGAAUUGAGAAAUUAUGAUGAAGCCAUAAACAAUUUACUGAAAGCUCAUACUCUCAUAAAAGAAAAGAAAAUUAACUAUGGUGAUGAAUUAACAAGUCAACUUAGAAAAGUUUAUAGACAGAAACAGGAGAAACAAAAUGAAGUGAGACAGAAUCAACAAAUAACUCUUUUGUCAUACUUGCAAAAACUACUAAAGGAUGACAUGAUUCGUCAAAUCAGAGGUGUGCAAUCAUCAGACAACGACAAUAUGAAUGAAGAUUUAGUUAUGAAAAUAAAAAACAAACAUGAGAAAUUUGCUAUAGACCUUAAAAUGAUAUUUGUUAUGAAUGAUGAUCGAUUAAAGAAACAUGAGUUACCCAAUUAUCUGUGUGGAACCAUAGGUUAUGGUAUUUUAAAAAAUCCUGUUGUCACUCCAUGUGGCUUAAGUUAUGAUCGCAAGGACAUAGAAGAACACUUAAUGAAUAUAGGAAAUUUUGAUCCUGUGUCAUACCAACCUUUGACUGUCAACCAACUUAUUCCAAAUUUGACUUUAAAAGAAAUAGUCGAAUUAUUUAUUAAAGAAAAUGAAUGGGUAAAUAAUUAUUGCAAGACUAAAACAGACAAAUGAGUACAUUGUAUAUUCAAAACGUUAAGUUAUUAAUGAUUAUCUUAAAAACAAUUUAUAAUGUGCACAUUUGACAUUUAUAUUUUAAAAUAUUUAUUUAAAAUUUAAUGUUUUAAUAUCAUAUAUUCUUGUGAAAUAGACAAGUGAGUAUGAUUUAUAAAAUUCAUAGUGUACUAUUAUGAAUGAUUAUCAAUAGGGCUAUGAUUUCUAUGCAGUAAAAAAUUGUAAAAUAUGCAUUUUAUUAUAUUGGCAGAAACUCCUUUCCACAUCACACGAUGUUGUAGGAGCAUAUUUAAAUGACGUUAUUUUUCCCUGAUUUAAAGUAAUAUUAACAUCUUUUUCUUCCGUUUUAUAUUCAUCAUUUAUAA